AUGACCGCUCAAGUUCCCACCGAUACAUCAAUAUAUGAGUCGGAAACACCACCGUUGACUCCAUCAUCAUCAUCUUCUUCACGAACCCCAUCCGAAGAAAUCAUUAAUACCAACAAUAUUAUUUCCAGACCAGCAAACGUAUUAUAUAGAUAUCAUAAAACUCCGAUACAAGUUUUUGCCAACAGUUACACGGUUUACGAUUUUCCAUUAGGUGCUUAUAAUGCACUUACAUUAAAACGAACCGAACCCGAUUACUGCUUUAUUAAAGAUCUCAACAAUAAAGAUAUCAAAAAGCGUAAAGGUGGAUUAUUUGGAUCAUUGAGAAGGAAAAAGAACAACAACAAUAAUAAAAAGAUGAUGAACAUUAAUAUUAGCCAUAGUAAUAGAAAUAGUAUCGUUUAUGAAGAAGAAAUUAGAAGGUAUUCCGUAUAA